AUGCCGUCCCCACCGCCUCUUUUGGUGGGCUGGGCUGGCCAACCAACACCAACUGAUACUCCCUACUCCCUUGUCCCUGGUCCCUACUCCCUUUCCCUGCUCCCUACUCCCCUGCCUCCCUGCUCCCUGCUCCCUGCUCCUACCCCCUACUGCCUGCUCCCUGCUCCCUACUCCCUACUCACUCUGUGCUCCCUGCUCCCUACUCACUCUCUGCUCCCUGCUCCCUACUCCCUACUCCCUACUCCCUGCUCCCAUACUCACUCUCUGCUCCCUAUUCCCUACUCCCUGCUCCCUACUCACUCUUACUCCCUGCUCCCUACUCCCUACUCACUCUCUGCUCCCUGGCCUCCCUGCUCCCUGCUUCCUGCUCCUACUCCCUACUCCCUGCUCCCUGCUCCCGGUGGUGGCAGAGACUAUUCUUUUUUGGAAUACUUUGGUAUAUUACAAGAGCUGGGCCACGGCGAGAGCUUAGGAUCCACAGCCUUUGGUAGGAGAGAGUGA